ACCGUCUCUUUGAGCUUCACGGAUCACAAGUCACAACAAUGGCGGAUGAAGUAAUUCUUCUCAACUUCUGGCCAAGUAUAUUCGGAAUGAGAACGACGAUUGCUUUGGAAGAGAAAGGAGUCAAGUACGAGUAUAGAGAAGAAGAGGAUGUGAUCAACAACAAAACUCGCUUGCUUCUUGAGAUGAAUCCGGUUCACAAGAAAAUCCCGGUUCUCAUCCACAACGGUAAACCAGUCUGCGAAUCUAUCGUACAAGUUCAGUACAUCGACGAGAUCUGGCCCGAAAAGAACCCAUUCCUCCCUAAAGAUCCAUACCAGAGAGCUCAAGCUUUAUUCUGGGCUGAUUUCAUCGAGAAGAAGGUGUGUGUUUGUGGGAGGAGGGUUUGGACAACGAAAGGUGAGGAGCUAGAAGCAGCUAAUAAGGAGUUUCUUGAACUACUCAAGAUUCUUCAAUCUGAGCUUGGAGAUAAACCUUACUUUGGUGGUGAUAAAUUCGGGUUUGUAGACAUUGUCCUGAUUGGAUUCUUUUGUUGGUUUCCUGCAUACGAGAAGUUUGGUAACUAUAGCAUGGAAUCAGAGUGUUCGAAACUGAUGGCUUGGGGUAAAAGGUGCAUGCAGAGAGACAGUGUAGCUAAUUCUUUGCCUGAUCCAGAGAGAGUUAUUGGAUACGUUUUACAUCUUAAGAAGCUAUUUGGGCUCGAGUAAGAUAGAAAUCUAUUUAAUUGCAUUUUCUGUUCUGCUUAGCUCUCUUGUGUGUGUUGUGUUUUCUUGUUCCUAAUAAAGCAGAGAGUCUCUAAAGUAAGAUGAUUUGUUUCUGUUGAAUUAGAUGUUUGAUCUCAAUUCUUAUAACACUGUAAUGUUUUGUAACCUGCCCCAUGUUCCA